CCCGACUCCAAGUGCCACACUCCGUACCUUGCUUAUCGGGCAAUUCCGGUUUCCCCAACGGAUUCCAUAGAGGGUUUUUGUUUUUCUGAGGAGCUUUUUGCAAAUUGAAAUGGCAGAAUCCCUAAUUGACCUUGAAAACGUCCUCCGCUCCAAGAAGGAUAAGUUAUCAGUUCAAGAAGCAAACUUUCUUAUGACAUGGAAGGAAAAUACACUUAGACAGCUCACUGUUGGUGCAGGAGUUGGUGCUGCAAUUGCAUGGUCAGCUACUGGAAAUCUUCAUAGGCUCUUUCGCAUCAACCUUGCAGGAGGAGCUGCUGCUAUUACUGCAACAUGGAGAUUUAGGAAGUCGGUUAAUUCAUGCAUUGAACAAAUUCUUUGCAUGGAUGGAAGCCGAAUGCAAAAAGAGUUGGCAAAUAUAAUGUUGAGAAGGUAUCCAAAUAACCCAACAACAACAAAACUUAUGUCCAAACGUUUCUACUGUGAGCAUGUUUUCGAUGAUUCAACAUCGGACAUGCCAAAAUCAAGGUGGCGUUUUCGUAAUAACUUUGUUGAAAGUCCACCCCAUCCCCAACGACCCGAUACCCGUGAAUCCUAUGACCAUGAUGACAACAUUGUUCCAGAACGCAAACCGGUUCCUAUGAACAACGGUUUCGUUGCAAUGGAAAACCCUUUCGAUUGCAUAUUUGGACUCCCACCAAGUGUCGAGGAAAUUCGACGCCCUGUCCCCGCCACGUCAGCAAAAAAACAUACCCGCAAACAUAAAAGAUCCCACCGCAAGCAUCACACACAUCACAGCAAUGAUGAUUUGUAGUCCCUUCCUGGAUGCUUGUCUUAACAGUAACGAGGUGAGAAUCUGUAAGUGAGGUCUCAGGUUUCAAACAAGUGGUAUAAGAUCAUGCUCGUGGACUUAUUUAUGUUUUGUUUAUGAAAUUAUGAAAACCGAGUUUGAUCAUGUUGUGUAUAUUAAUGGUGUCGAGAUUUUUAAUUUUUGGACUUUUAAUUCGACUUCAUUUAGGAAUAUUUCUUUCUAUUUACCUUAAAAUAUGGUGUUAUUUCGCUA